AUGUAUAAGCUUCGAUAUAAGCUAUCCCAAAUACACGCAAAUUCCCUUGUUUCGACAGCAAAAAUUAGCCCUGAUGGAAGGCAUUUGGCCACGGCUUCUUCCGACAAGGCAGUGAAAAUAUGGAAUCUGGCAACUGGUGAGUUGAUAAGAACACUUAUAGGGCAUACAGAAGGUAUUUCUGAUCUAGAGUUUACGCCAAAUUCAGCAUAUAUUGCAUCAUGCUCAGAUGAUAUGACGAUUCGAAUAUGGAAUCUGCAAAAUGGAGAACUUUUAAGAAUUCUUAAAGGACAUACCUUCCACGUGAAUUCCAUAAAAUUCAAUCAUAAAGGCUCAAUUCUAAUCAGCGGUUCAUCUGAUGAGAAUAUACGUGUUUGGGAUGUUAAAAGGGGUAAAUGUCUUCGAGUUCUAAGCGCCCACAGUGAUGCCAUCUCAUGCGUCGAUUUCUGCUUCGACGCGUCGAUCAUUGUUAGUGGCUCAUACGAUGGAUUAGUCAGGUUGUUUGAUCUGGACACCGGACAAUGUUUAAAGACACUUAUUGAUGAUCAAAGGGGUCCAAAUUUUCCCAUUACAUUUGUCAAAUUUUCUCCAAACGCCAAAUAUGUUCUCUCCAGCUCACUGGAUGGUGAUCUCAGAUUGUGGGACUAUAUGAAUAACAGAGUUGUGAAAACUUAUCAGGGACCCAACUGUACUCCUGUGGCUGAAAAAUACACUUUAGGAUCCGAUUUCGUGAUUUUCAAUAAUCAGAAAUGCGUUGUUUCUGGAGAUGAAACGGGCCAUAUCUUAUUCUGGGAUGUUCAAACGAAAAAAAUACAGUUUGUGCUUGAAGGUUCUUCCAAUAGCUCUCCUAUAAUGCAUGUUUCUGUUUGGAAUGGGGGCGAAGUGCUUUCCAGUGUAUCUUUGGACGGUGAGCUACGGGUUUGGGAUUAUCAUGAAAUAAAAAAAGAAGCAUGA